UUCAAGUUCAACCUCCAAAACCCACUCCAUUCACUGGUCCUACCCAACAAUGGGCGAGCCCAACCAUAAUUUCACAGACUAGGUACUAACAUGAAGUCACGCCAGCGAAUCCAAGAAGGCUACACCGCCACAGUGCGCACCACACCGCGAUUCCACCCGUACAACGAGCUUUCGCCAGCCGAGAUCGCACUGGUGGAAGCCGACCGCCUGACCCUCACCCAAAUGAGAGCGGCGUGGCACGACAACAACCAACUGGCAGCCAUGCGCAACCAAGGCCGCCAUCUCGCGGCCAUUCAACUGCUUUGGCACGUGUUUGAAUUGCGACGCACCCGGGUUGAUGUGCGAGCCUUUUCCCAGACGGUUCGGUUCUUUGUGGCCGAACGGGACCGUGCCGUGCAAAUGGAGCAGGCAGUUGAAGAACUAGAUCGGGUGCGAGUCGAGUCGUUGGAGCAGGAGUUCCAGCGUGAACGCAGGCAGGAGCAGUUCCGGCGGUACCAGCACGGACUUUUGACUGCUGCCAUGCGUAAUGGGUUCCGAGGAACGCCGGCGCAGAUGGCGCACCUGCUGCAGCAGCACCUGCAGCAGCUGCAGAAUCAGCAGGGUGGUUCCGCUGCUACAAAUACGGGUGGUAGCGGGGACACCGCUGGCAAUAACGGGGUCACAGGCGCAGAGGCGCGUCACUCGGAGAUGAUAGAGCAGCUAGAAGAGUUGCUGCACCGCCGGGGCUGAGCGGCCAUUGCCCUUUGAUUUUCUUUCAUUCUUCAUUAUCCCAGCGCAGCAUCUAACCACGGACGGGCAUUGCAUUGCAUUGCACUAUGGCGUUCGGUGUU